AGAGGGAGAGGGAGCCAAAGAGAAUCUCAAAUCAUUCAGAUCUUCCUUGUUCACCUCUGAAAUGCAUCACUGCAGUGUUUGGGUGUUGCAGCCUCGCUGACGCGCGCAUCAGAAUAGCUCGUUGCACCACUGCACCUGUGCCCCAGCUCGCAAAUCACAGGAAAUAGCUGUGCAAAAACGACACAUACGCAAGCUUCCGAGGUAGCGUAAAUGACGUCGAUUUGAUAAAAAUUACGCGAGGGGAAAGCACAGCGGAAGAGACCGUUGUCAGACAUCGCUUGUUGUCGGAAUUCAGUGGAAGGUGCAGCUGUGGUCUCUGAGGGCAAUGAGCUUGUGGUCAGCAAACUAAACAGACAGCAAUGACAACAUGUACCUGACCGAAUGAACCAGACCAGGUUUAAUUAGGAGGUCCAACUUUAGUCAAUCUACACAUUUUUACAGUCUAAUGGGGUUUGGCCUAUGACAUUAAUAAUAACAUUUAUUUUUGACCUAUAACAUUAAUACAUUUAUACAUUUAGCCAAGAUGGCUAAUAAGAGAUUCAAGCCUUCACUUGAGCUUGCAUGGCUAUUACUUGAUUCAAAAGGUUGCACUCAGUCAGUCUAAAUAUUUUUGUGGAUGAGAACCUAUCGAACAAAGCUGUAAUGAAAAAUGUUCCUUUUCAUUGAUAAAACAGAAACAUUUAUGUCGAUUCUCCAAAAUCUCUAGAUUAAUGUUCUUACAUAAAUUUUGUGAAGAGAAACAAGAAAAAUUGGCAAACAGAAACUGAAAAGUAAGAGAAACCUACCACCUAAAAACAUUAAACAUCAUGCAGUCAGACGAUCUCUUCAUCCGCAAGUUUCGCAGACAGAUGAAGCACCCACCCCUAGCAACAGUAAAUUAUGACCACAAGCAAAUCAUGACAGAAUGGACCCCCAGGAGAGUAACAGAGGAAACAGACAAAGAGAUUGUGACACCCAACACUGCUGGACAGAGUAUGAAGACAGAAGGUCGUGGACAUUUAAUGCAGCGCAGCAACAGUGAUGUAACCUUGGGUGAUUUAGACCCAGCAAGGCAAGACGGGUGGAAGAUCCGAUCAGGGAGUAACAAAACUCGUUCAGUGGGGCAGGGGGAGCCCCUCCACAGAGAAUAUGGUAGCCUGUCCUCAUUAGAGAAACGGACUAAGUGUGCAAGUCCUGGUCCAGAUGAGUUGGGAGCUCUUAGUCACAAUGCUGUGCACUUUAAGUAUUCAUAUCAUUUGAUGGGACGUCAGGAGACAGAUAGCUUCUGUCAAGCAAACAGCCCUCCUGCAGUAGACAGUUCCAAACAGGCUAAGCCCCUUAAACCGGAGGUGCUUGGAAAGAGGGUCAAACCAUCCCUUCUACAGACCCCUCAGUUUCCUUGUGAUCAGGUCACAUGUGGUGCUUGGGUGCGCAAUUUUGCACACUAUGAUGUGCAGAGCAUCUUGUUCGAUCUGACAGAAGCUGCCACCAAUCGUGACAGCAUUGGUCGCAAGAAAAACAUUACAUCUGGUGCAUCAGCUGCCUCUCAGCUUGGUCCAUUAUCAGAAUCCAGACCUUCCUCACUGUCUCAGAGUGGAGGAGGCCCUGUAGGAAUUGGGGCUAGCUCAGAGGAUGUAGAGAAGUCUUUGCUGGACGAAGGAGAUGGGAAUGAUAGUGAUCUCCUGCUCAGCUGUCCACACUUUCGGAAUGAGAUGGGCGGAGAGGAGAGUCCGGGAAUCGGCUUAACAGGAGGUGGCAAAGGUAGAUGGAGAAAUCUUCAAACUCCCAAUGAUGCUGUGUCUGUGUUAGAGGAGCCCAGGGAGAGCCAUGUUCAGCAACAAGGGAAAAAUAACUACUUCAUAGAACAUACGGACCUAGGGGCUCGUUACUAUCACAAGUACUUUUAUAUGAAAGACCAUCAAAAUUUCUUUGGCAUGGAUGAGCGUUUGGGGCCAGUGGCUAUCAGUUUCCGCAGAGAGGAGAAAGAAGGAUCCAGUGGGUCCCAGUACAACUACAGAAUCAUUUUUAGGACCACAGAACUGAAGACCCUGCGUGGUUCCAUUUUGGAGGAGUCUGUUCCCUCUGCAGCACGCCACACCACACCACGUGGCCUUUCACCUAAGAGAUUACUAGAAUUCAUUUUGCCUGAUCUCAACCUACAAUGUCUUAGACUGGCUUCUACAUCUCCUAAAGUCAGAGAUACACUCCUCAAACUGGAUGAGCAGGGACUAAAUUUCCAGCGUAAAGUAGGUAUUAUGUACUGCCGAGCAGGGCAGAGUACGGAAGAGGACAUGUAUAACAAUGAGAGUGCAAGCUCUGCUUUUGAUGAGUUUCUGGACCUUCUCGGCGACAGAGUGAGACUAAAGAGUUGGGAGAAAUACAGAGCUCAACUAGACACCAAGACGGAUUCCACUGGUACACACUCCCUGUAUACUCGCUACAAGGAUUACGAAAUUAUGUUUCAUGUCUCCACCAUGCUUCCAUACACACCCAACAAUACACAACAGUUACUGAGGAAGAGGCACAUAGGAAAUGAUAUAGUUACAAUUGUCUUCCAGGAGCCAGGCGCUUUACCCUUUACCCCAAAAGCCAUUCGUUCCCACUUUCAACAUGUUUUUAUCAUUGUCCGAGUGUAUGAGCCAUGCACUGACAAUACCUACUACAGAGUUGCUGUGACCCGUUCCAAGGACAUACCCCUCUUUGGUCCCCUUUUUCCUAAAGGUGCAUGCUUUCCACAUUCUCAUGCCUUCCGUGACUUCAUCCUUGCCAAAGCCAUUAAUGCAGAAAAUGCAGCUGAGAAAUCUGAAAAAUUUCGAUCUAUGGCCACUCGUACACGACAAGAGUAUCUGAAAGACCUGGCAGAAAACUAUGUCACCACCACUCCCAUUGAUUCUUCCACCAAAUUCCCGCUGCUGUCACUGGGUGGAAAACGCAAAGAAAAGUUAAAGGGAGCUAAAGGGGCAGAGCUUCAUAGUGCAGGGGCUUUGGUGUGGUCCGUCACAGCUGUUCAGGGUGGUAAGUGUAAUGGGUUCAGCCUGCCCUGCCUGCUGGGCGUGUCAGCAGAGUUAGUGGUGCUCAUCGAGCGGUUCACACGAAGGGUAGUAUUCAAUUGCAGCUGUCGUGAUGUGAUUGGCUGGAAGGCAGUGACUGAGACAGGAGCUCAUGGCGGACCUUGCCUGGACAUUUUCUAUGAGAGGGGUGAGGCAGUAACUUUGACAGUGCCAGACAUCCAAUUGGAGGAUAUUAAGGAGGUGGUCCAGAGACUGGAGCUGAUUACAAGAGGCUGUGAGGCAUGCGAAAUCACACUUCUGCAAGACAGAGUAUCCCAGCCCGUAUUCCUGAUGAGUGAAGAAGGCUUUGUAACCAAGGUCCAGCAGUCUGGGUAUGCAGAGAGUGCAGGACUACAAUUGGGAGCUCGUGUAGUUCGCCUCUGUGGCCAGUUCCUUGUGCAUCUGAGCCAUGAAGAGAGGAAGGAACUUCUCUGCACUGCACAAAAUUUAAACAUCACUGUCAUACCUCCAGAUGAGAAUGGAAAACCACGCAGGAGUUUCUCAGAGCUGUAUGAGAAAGCCAUUCAGGAUGCAGAGGCAAAGUCUGGAGAGGGACAAUCAGGUGAGGCUUGGGUCCUGGAUGAGAGAGGAGAGAAUAAUGAUGGAGGGGAAAAAGAGAAGAAAGAAAAUAGAAGAUCAGACAGUGAAACUCAAACUCACAAAGAGCAACUUGGAGAAGAGAUGGGAAUUCCAGAGUCCAGGGAUUCAGAAUUGAUGCUCUCUUUACCCAGCAUACCUCUCUUGCGGGCAACCUCCCUGCAGGACAGUGCACAAACCCAGAUUUCAGAGAUCACCCCCAUCUCUCUAACACGGAGCUACUCACUAGAAAGACACCCCACAAGCGAGGAUUUCUAUGAAAGGCACGAAUAUGAUAAUGUGGGGCAGAAAAGAAACAAGCACAUCUACGAAAACCCUGAGGAGCUACGGGAUUCUGACAUCAAGCUGGCAAUCAAACCAAAAGUGCUUCUGGAACAUAGGGAACAGUGUGGACCUGACGAGGAGUUUGAGAGACCGCCAUCAGCCAGUGAUGUGACUGUUCAAGCUGUCUGCUUAGAAAGAGCCAAAAGAAGCUCCAGAGCUCUGAGCCUCCAUAAUUCAAUCACUAAAAUUCUCUCAGAGACUACAGAUUCAACUGAGGAGGAGUGGCAGUCUAUUGCUAAUCUUGCCAGUGCCUGUCGGAACAUGCUAGAAGCUCUCUCUCAAGAAGAUAGGAAUGCAGGAGAUGGCACACAUGAGUCCCCAGAGACUGCAAUGCAGACAGAAACAAGGCUUAACAACAUAAAAGACAGUGACUCAUCUGGCCAACUUGAGGAGAAGGUUUCCCAGUUAGAGACCAUGUUGAAGCAACUUCAGGAUGACCUUCAAAAGGAAAAGGAGGACAAAGAAUUGCUGCAGGCAGAAGUGCAAAGUCUCAGGCAGAACAACCAGCGGUUGCAGGAAGAGUCCCAGAGCACUGUGGCCCGUCUCAUUAAAGUCACAGAGCUACUCUGCAAUGUCAACAAGCCCUGCUAGCAGAGAAGGGUAAUUUAUGGUAACUCCUCCAUUUUAUAAAAAAAAUCUAAAAAGCUAAUGCAAAUGUUACAUGUGCAAAAAAGCUUUUAAGUAACACAACCAUUGGCAAGUCCUGCAAAUAAAAUGGUCAGGGUUAGUAUACUCUUUAUUUAAUUAAAAUUUAAACCAGCAACAUUCUUAUUUUAGCUGCUUGUGCCACCAAACCCCUUUAGAAUAUGAUAAGUGUAAAGCUGCUCAUCUAAAUUGAGAUCAAGUAUGGUUUGGUUACAGCUAUGUACGUACAUGUCUGGAUGUAAGCAGCCAUUUGAUGUAUAUUAAUGCCUAGAUUGAUAAUGUAUAUUUUAUGACCAUAAAUAAAAUAACUCCACUCCUUUUCCAGUCUUCAGUGUUGAGCUGUAAUAAAUGAAUUAAUAAUUUAGAUUAUAGCAGAUAAUUUAUGGUCUAAGUAAACUGAAUUGACGCAUACAUUUUAUAAUAAUUGGUAUAUCUGCACAAUCUCAACAGUACUUACUACUGUUUAUAUGGGAACAAUAUGCAAAUUGUGGGAAAUAAAGUUGUAAGAACCUGAAGAAGUAAAAAUUAUUAAUACUGUAAGUAUUUUAUAAAUAGUAUUUUACAUCUAUUCUAAUAUUGCAUGGUAUGUAUGACCUACUAUAGCGGGCAACAGUCUUACAUUUGGGAGAAAGUUAGCGAGAUCUAGGGGUGCUUCAAACAUGAUUUUUGCAACAGAUACAGAGAACCGACUUCUUGUUUUCAUGAACAGCCGAUCUUAUUCUUCAAGCUAAUAUGUAAGCUCUUUUAGGACUUUAUCUGAAAAAAGGUUUAACUGUAUUUACACUAAACAGGAAAGGAUAUAUUUGAAAAAUACAAUGAAUUGCAUGUCUGCCGAGAACUUACAGGCUACUGAGGAUUUAAUAAUUUUAUAUAGUCAGUUGUCAAAUAAGUGGGCCUGUCUAAGGCAUGAAACUCCAGGGCUGAAAAUGAGUCCUACUCUGGCCCUAGGAAAACAUGUGUUUGCGUGUGUGACCAGUAAAGAGCACUGCUGCAAAAAUAUCUGUUUAUAUCUUUGCACAUACUGUAGCUAUAUUACAUGUCAUACACACAACAGAAAAAACCCACCUCUUAACCCAAAAUGUAUCAUUCUUGUACAGUAACAAGAUGGAAAAGGGGCAUUUUGCGCAGUAUUUGGUAUGUUCUCAUGAACCUCCGACUAAACAUAAGAUUGUUGCUCAGCUUAGGUUAUACUUACCACAUGGUUGUAGAAUUAUAGUUUCAGGUUCUUAGCCCUUUAUUUCCCAUAGUUUCAUAUUGUUCUCUUAUACCUACAAGCAUGCACUAAUGUAAGCUGUAAACUCUGUUUACCUACACUGUAAAUUGCAAGCUGUAAAGUAAAUUGUUACCUAAGUUUUAUGCAAAAUAAUGUGAAUGUGUUUUUAAUGUCAUUAAUGGAACUUGUUUAUUAAUAAUGUGAUUUAUUACCUGCUUUUCGUUUUUGGUUUUCAUAGAGGAGCGGUAUUCCUGGUUUAAUGUUUAACAUGUUUGAGAGAAAAGUCAGAUGUGAGUAUUGGUUUGAUUGGCUGUUUUUAUUUACUGACUUGUAAGAUGUAUGUAUUAUUUUUUUUUGCACACCAAUGUAAAAUGAUUGCCCAAUGUGAUGCUUAAAGAUGUUCUGAUAUUAACAAAUAUGUGAUAAAAAAUUUAAAUAAAAUAAUUAUUGAACUUGAA